ACAUGGCCCUAUUGAAGAGUUUACGCGUAGCCGUGACGUGUUCGGCUUAGUGCCCGGCUUUGAGGUCUGAUUUGCAUCGCCAGCACCCACUGCUCCCCGCGACCACUCCGUACGAUUGCUCCCUCCGGCGGGGACAGCGGACUCUCCAUACGCACGUGUCCCCUGCCCCACAGUCAUCUGGCUGGUUCUGUCGUCUUGCCCUUCUGCGGAAUAGUUUAAAAGCCUUUGCGAACCCCUCGGAGCCGGCCUGCGUCUGCAGCGGCAACGCGUCCGGCAGGCGUAGUCUGGUGAACCCAGCCUCCCCCCGCCCCACUUCCUCCUGGGCGCCCCGAAGCCGGGGCGGUUUGAUCUGGGGCGGGAGUGGCGGCCUCUCUCUGGGCAUGCUCAGUCUCCGACUGUACGGCGGGGGAAGCAGAGCGCGGGCGGAGUGCAGCAAGCUGCGCCGACAGGGCUGAGAGGAGCUUGCGGCCCGAGCCGAGCGGAGCCGAGCAGCGCCGAGCGGAGCCGAGCACCAGUCUAGGGCCAAUCUAGGGAAGACAUGCAGAUGAUGACUAGGAACGUCCUGCUGAACAUGGAGCAGGAAGAGGACGACGAUGAGGAUGGAGACAUCGGUGAUGCUCCUGACUCCAGGAAGCCUUUUCUGGCUCCUCAUUUUCUCCUACCAUCCGGUCUGGUGCUGGAAAACUUUGACCAGACAAUUGUCUGUCCCACCUUUGGGUCGCUGGAGAACCAGCAGGAUUUCCGAACUCCAGAGUUUGAAGAAUUUAACGGGAAACCUGACUCCCUCUUUUUUACGGACGGCCAGAGACGGAUCGACUUUGUUCUCGUGUAUGAAGAUGAAACUAAAAAGGAGAACAAUAAAAAAGGAACAAAUGAAAAGCAAAUGAGGAAAAGGCAAGCCUAUGAGUCGAACCUCAUCUGUCAUGGCCUGCAGCUGGAAGCAACGCGAUCGGUUUCUGAUGACAAGCUUGUGUUUGUGAAAGUGCAUGCACCCUGGGAAGUGCUAUGCACCUAUGCUGAAAUCAUGCACAUCAAACUCCCCCUGAAGCCCAAUGACCUAAAGACCCGCUCAGCCUUCGGCACCCUCAACUGGUUCACCAAGGUCCUCCGCGUGAAUGAGAGUGUCAUCAAGCCAGAGCAGGAAUUCUUCACUGCCCCAUUUGAGAAGAGCCGAAUGAAUGACUUUUAUAUCCUUGAUAGAGAUUCCUUCUUCAACCCUGCCACCAGAAGCCGCAUAGUUUAUUUCAUCCUCUCUCGUGUCAAAUACCAAGUGAUGAACAACGUUAGCAAAUUUGGGAUCAAUAGACUGGUCAGUUCUGGAAUCUACAAGGCAGCGUUCCCACUGCACGAUUGCAAAUUUAACUAUGAGUCGGAGGACCCCAACUGUCCUAGUGAACGUUACCUCCUGUACAGGGAGUGGGCUCACCCCCGAAGCAUCUACAAGAAGCAGCCCUUGGACCUUAUCAGGAAAUACUAUGGAGAGAAGAUUGGAAUCUACUUUGCAUGGCUGGGCUACUACACUCAGAUGCUCCUGCUUGCAGCUGUGGUGGGCGUAGCCUGCUUCCUCUAUGGAUAUAUCAAUCAGGAUAACUGCACUUGGAGCAAAGAGGUCUGUGAUCCUGAUAUCGGCGGCCAGAUCUUGAUGUGCCCCCAGUGUGACAAGCUGUGUCCAUUCUGGAGACUGAAUAUCACCUGUGAGUCUUCAAAGAAAUUGUGCAUCUUUGACAGUUUUGGAACCCUGAUCUUUGCAGUAUUUAUGGGAGUGUGGGUUACACUGUUUUUGGAGUUUUGGAAGCGGCGCCAGGCAGAACUUGAGUACGAAUGGGACACUGUUGAGCUACAGCAGGAGGAACAGCCCCGGCCAGAGUAUGAAGCCCAGUGCAAUCACGUGGUAAUAAAUGAGAUCACUCAGGGAACCCCCAUCCUGAAUAGUGACUGCUAUUUGCUGGAGAGGACAGGGCAGAGCCUACAAGAGGAGGAGCGUAUCCCGUUUACUACCUGUGGGAAGUGUAUCCGGAUCACCCUGUGUGCAAGCGCUGUCUUAUUCUGGAUCCUGCUCAUCAUCGCAUCUGUGAUCGGCAUCAUCGUCUACAGGCUGUCGGUAUUCAUUGUGUUCUCUACAACCCUCCCCAAGAACCCCAAUGGGACCGACCCAAUCCAGAAAUACCUGACACCGCAGAUGGCCACAUCCAUCACAGCUUCUAUCAUCAGCUUCAUCAUCAUCAUGAUCCUGAACACUAUCUAUGAGAAGGUGGCCAUCAUGAUCACCAACUUCGAACUCCCAAGGACGCAGACUGACUACGAGAACAGCCUGACCAUGAAGAUGUUCUUAUUCCAGUUCGUCAACUACUACUCCUCGUGUUUCUACAUUGCUUUCUUUAAGGGCAAAUUUGUCGGCUACCCAGGGGACCCAGUGUAUUGGCUGGGCAAGUACAGAAACGAAGAGUGCGACCCGGGUGGCUGUCUCCUUGAACUGACUACACAGCUGACAAUCAUCAUGGGAGGGAAGGCCAUCUGGAAUAACAUACAAGAAGUGCUGCUCCCAUGGGUCAUGAAUCUGAUUGGACGUUACCAACGAGUUUCAGGAUCAGAAAACAUAACUCCACGAUGGGAACAGGACUACCAUCUACAGCCCAUGGGCAAGCUGGGGUUGUUCUAUGAGUAUCUUGAGAUGAUUAUUCAGUUUGGGUUCGUCACCUUAUUUGUGGCCUCUUUCCCACUGGCUCCCCUGCUGGCUCUGGUGAACAAUAUAUUGGAAAUAAGAGUGGACGCGUGGAAGCUGACAACCCAGUUUAGACGCAUGGUGCCAGAAAAAGCCCGGGACAUCGGCGCGUGGCAGCCCAUCAUGCAAGGAAUAGCCAUCCUGGCUGUGGUGACCAACGCCAUGAUCAUUGCUUUCACGUCAGACAUGAUCCCUCGACUGGUGUAUUAUUGGUCCUUCUCCAUCCCUCCCUAUGGGGACCACACUUACUACACCAUGGACGGCUACAUCAACAAUACUCUCUCUGUCUUCAACAUCACAGACUUCAAAAAUACAGACAAAGAAAACCCAUACAUUGGGCUUGGCAACUAUACCUUGUGCAGGUACCGUGACUUCCGAAACCCACCCGGGCACCCGCAAGAGUAUAAACACAACAUCUACUAUUGGCAUGUGAUUGCUGCCAAGCUGGCUUUUAUCAUCGUCAUGGAGCAUAUCAUCUACUCUGUGAAGUUUUUCAUUUCGUAUGCAAUUCCAGAUGUGUCAAAAAUCACGAAGAGCAAGAUCAAGAGGGAGAAAUACCUCACUCAGAAGCUGCUUCAUGAGAGCCACCUCAAAGACCUGACCAAAAACAUGGGGCUUAUAGCCGAGAGGAUGGGAGGCGCCGUUGACAACAGUGUGCGGCCAAAACUCGAAUGAGGGGGAGUGUAUGUCCAGAGAAGCACUUUAAAAAGAAUUAGCUGUCGGACGUAUCUCAGAUCACUAGAGAGGAUGUUCACUCACUCAGGCAAACAGGAGUCUUCACUGUGCCCAUUUCUGCCUGUAUUGCUUUUCAGUUUCAGCUAGCAGUGAGGGAACUAGAAAAAUGGAAAACUCUGAUCAAGAAAGGCAUAAAACUACCUACCUGGAUAUGUUCCCCCCCUUUUUUUUUUUUUGAUAAAUUGGAAUUUUAGUAACAGGAAAAAGCCUCGAAGCAUGCUUGAGUCCUUCCUGGGGACUUUACUGUCUGGUCUCAAGCACUUUCCUGUGCUGAAUUUUUGCAUUUUACCAAAUCUAUCCCAGACCUAUUUCGUCCUGACAGUCCUAUCACCAAAGACCAGGCAUACCUCAGCCUUAAUCACUUCUGUGUUAUUGACAAUAGCCAGCUCAGAAUUGAGUCUGGAUGCCAUAUUAGGUGCCAGGUAGACUGAAGAGUUCGCAGUGUUUCAGUCUCUUUUACUAUACCCUAAGGAAGGAGACCUCACAGCAUAAGAAACAACGUCCUUCUUCAUUUCAGCCUGCAUUUCCACCUCCAAUACUGGUCUUAGAUGGGCAUGAAGAAAGAGGGUAUUAAAUGAAGCCUGUCCUUAUUCCUCCACGGGACACCUGCCUUCCAGCAGCACUCCAAGCAUGCUCUGGACCCAAUCAAUGUGGACUGCUCUGCAGAUCGUAAGAGAGUACAAUGAGAAAGGAGGGAAAAUAACUUACUGAUCUGGACAUUUAAUUUAACUCUUCUUGAUUACGUAAGAUUCUUGGGGAGAUGAUAAUCAAAUGAUUGUGACUGCAUUGUUAGCAACAUAAUGGGCUGGGAACUGUAAGCCCAUCAACUCUGUACAAACUGACUUACCCAGAAGGAAGGCACUACAAUCACCACUCGCCUUCUGCUUGUCUUGCUGAAAGGACGGGUGCCCUGACAGUGGGCGUGGUCAGGGCACCAGCCAGCAACUAGCCCUGCUCCUGAACCUUGAGUGGCCAGCCCCACUCGCUGGGAGUCCUACUGACCUUUCUGCUUGCCACAGUGACCAGCUUCCUUGCCAUCUCUUCGUUUCCUAGGCCCAGUAACCCGUUUGUAAUCACAGCUGUGCUAGAGACAAAUCUACCCGAAUUACUGCCAUUUGAGGGAGGAGACGCUGGAUUUAGUUUGAGCCCCCAGCCUCCUCUCAGCCAUCAGGCAGUUAAGGGAAGGGCUGAUUUUUUUUCUGUCCGUGGCUUGCUGCUCGCCCUAGUCCCUUGGUGCCUUGCCCUCUCUGCUGUUCACCCGAGAGGUUUCUGGAGCGCUGCAGCCUACAGAUGCUCAGCUUUCCUCUGGCAGGUCUAGAGGAGACUUGGCUACACCUCGAACCUUUGACAGUAGAUGACAGAGUGAAGAAGGGAGGACCUGCCUCACACUGUUUGGGAUGGGCCUCUGCUGACUAGAUUGGUAUGAAAUGCCUAGGUGCCAGAGAGCCAAUCCAAGGGAAGUGAACGGGUUUAGAGACCGCCUCUCAGGGCCACGGUUUUAAAUGUCCGCCCAGAACAGUGUAUUAGAAUAUCAACAUGAUUAAGCAAAGCAGUGUUCUGGGCUUAGCUCAGUGGGUCUGCAGGAACAUUUCCCCACCUCCCUCAUGCUGGGAGUCCAGGAGCUGCCAUACAGCAUCUAACUACGCUGAGGCAGAAACGUCUGCCUCCUCCCACACUAGGGAUGUUCUCACUCCACAGCUGAUACCAGGUGCCACUCCCUGUCCCCACCCAGACUGCCCCGGAGCGCCUCACUCUAUUACCUCUUCUCCAGAGUCCGUGUGCUUGUUUCCUAUGGAUCCAAAGUUCCCGCACUUUACAUGACAAAAAAGGAAAUCAUCUUUGCGUCCAUCUUCCCCCCCCUUUUCGUUGUAUGCACAAAGAAAACUCUAAAUGAAAAGUACAUUUAGGCGUCUCUAUCCCCCCAGCCAAGAACUCCCUUAACAGUAUAGAAAGUGCCACAAGCAGGCCAAAAAACAAAACACAAGACAAAACCAAAACUGCUUUUCUGAAGGGAGCAAGUGUGGUGUCUGACACCACCAGAGGCUAAGUGAGCUGUAGGGUCCCCAUGGCAUCAGUAUCCGUCCCGUGAGGCCUGUGCCAAGCUGGUGAUGGAGAGGAGUGAGGGACACCUGCAGUGGCAGUCUGCUCUACAAGAGCAGUGAGGUAGUCCCCAGCCCCAGGACAUCAAGGGCAUGACAGUGGCCAGCGUGGGGGAAGGAUCCAGCCCUCUGCCUGUCCAGCGUUAACCACUAACCAAGUUUAUAUUGCCUUUGAAUCUUAAUCAAUUGAAUCAGUAGACCCAAUACUCAGGGGAUUUUUCUUUACACGGUCCUCGGAUCUUUUAGAUAGUCCAUUAGAAACAGAAGGCUGUAAUUUGUCUUGAAACCAAACAAGGCCGUCUGGUAACAAGUUUGUCAAGUCCUCCCCUUUGUAGUGCGCGCGAGAGUUGAGCUUCAUAGGACGCUCACUCCCGUUGGCGGCAGAAUACGGUGUGUUGGUUACACACUUCCUGUGUUCUCCUUUCGUUCCUACUAUGGUUGAAAAGUGAAAGCAGGUGCACAGCUUAGCUAAAAAGGGACUGAAAUUCAUGAUGCUUCCUGUGCAAUGUAGCAUCGAUGUUGUUUGUAACUGAUGUUUGUUCAUUUCUAUGCAUUUUAAUUUUUUAAUUAUGAGCAUUUUAAUAAAUUCAGUUUUACAAACAA